AUGGGCAUCAAGUCAGAUACGCCUUCAGCCCUCAUCUCCAUGGAUGAGGGGUACCUCGAGCGAAUCGAAUAUCGACGAGAACUCAUGGCCGAACAUGCUGGCACGGUGCUGGGUGUUGUGCCUGGCGGAGAAGCCCCCGUACGCGAACUCUAUAGUUACUUGCUGAGGCAGUAUCUUCCGGUUCGGUUCCCUUUGAUGUUCCAGCUCUCCGCUCAAGACGCGCAACUUACCAAUUCGGUCACGGGGCGAUCAUUUCCCACCAAGCCACCGGCUGAAACCCUAGAGGCAUUGUGCAUCCUCGGUGAAAUCGUGGAGGAAGACCUUGUGUUCCUCGUGCCGUCGCCGGAGGGGCUUCGUAUGGUUGCACACCUUUGGUGUUUCCCCUCGGGGUUUGACCCUGUUGCGAAGUUGGGCAAUACCUUGGACGCCAUCCACAAGCCGGUACCAAGCUAUGAAAAGAUUGGGCCCAGCAUGCAGCGCUUUCUCUCGAAGCUGCAGAGUGGAAAGCCCAUCAAACGCACAAAUUGGUCUGUGCAGCCUCAUCCUGAGCUGUUCGAUUGCAACGCAAAUCGGAGAUUAAAGGACUACGAAGCCAUAAAAAGCAGUGACAUAAGAAUGGAAGAUAGUUAUCUGCGCUCUGAAUUGCAGACUUUGAGCCGUCUGCCGAACACGGAGGCGGUUGUGUUUUUUAUCAAAACGUACAUGUACAGUGUUUCCGAAAUCAAAGCAGAGGGCCUCGGCCCCCAGUUCGCCGAAGCUAUCGAGGGGCUGAAAAAGGGCAAUGCGCCAGGCAUGUGGACCUACAAAGUCGAUGACAAUGUCCGAUAUUCGGGCUAG